AUAAAUGGUUAUAAUUUACCAUUAUACAAGGUGCAGGUGUGUGUGUAACUGGCUUGAAAAAACAUCUGGAAGAUGAAAACAUCGAUUGUCUUCACUCUUUUGGCCUUGAUCGGAGUAGGCGCCAUAAUGGUGGCAGGUGAUGAUGUACCUUGUCCCGACGGGGAUCCGAACGCGGUAUACGUUGAAUGUCCUUCGAACUGCCAGCCAACAUGCCAGAAGAAGAUACCUGAUGAAAUCUGCAAUUUCGCGUGUCUGCCUAGACAAUGCGUCUGCAAACCGGGUUAUAUUCUAGAAAAGAAAGAUGGCAAGUGCAUCCCCGAAAAUAACUGUUAAAAACAAAUAAUAAAAACAAUAAUUUUUUUUAUUAUUCGUAAUGAUAUUUGUAUAUUUAUUUUAUUAAAACAGAGGCAAUAAAAAGUUAUAUUACUAUAUUAUAAUUUGUAUUAACUAGUUUUUCUUUCUAGGCCACCUAUGGCAUAAAUAUUGAUAGUUAAAUUCAAAAUCGAUAUUAGCGAUCGUUUUAAGUUCAGUAACUAUGAAUAUUGGACUAUGGAUACUUAGGGCAUGCCCGGGAGUCGAUUCACCAACCUCUUUAUCGUCUCAGAGGCAGUGGGACGAGCCGCUUUGUUUGCGUUUUCAGAGUGAUCUAUUGGCUUCUUCUGAAAAUGCUGCUGAGCGUGCUCGCCUACUAGCGGUCUUUCAGGCAGAGUCUGGUUACUGGCUACAUGCUCUUUCUUCUGCUAAUAUUGGGACUCUGCUUGACAGGAACACUGUCUCUUGCGAUUUCACUCAGACUUGGCGUCAAGACAAAUCGCAGUCGUUGCGGUACUCACGUCGGUGAGUUAGGACACCAUGGCCUCUCAUGUCAAAUGAGCGCUGGUCGAGUCUACCGACACGCCUGCAUUAAUGACGUCAUCCGCAGUGCUCUUGUCGCCGUCAAUGUGCCAGCAGUUUUAGAGCAUAACGGCAUAUUCCUGCAAGAGACCUGACGUUAAGUAUGACGCUCAUGUCCUGGAAGCAGGGACAUUCUCUUGUUAAAAAAA